GGUUGAGCCUCAAGCAUGUUGGCGUCCAGGCUGGGUAUUUCUCGAGGCUGAAGCUGAUUCGGGCCAACAUGGCCUUUCCCCACGGUCUGCUGCUGGGCUCGAUCUACGGGUUCGUGGACGCGUCCGACAAGGUGUUCACAUGGGACAUGCUGGAGGACUUGGGAGUUUUUCUGCGUAGGUCCAGGUCUCCGUGGAUACUGGCAGGGGACUUCAACUUGCCGCCAGAUGAUCUUAAGUUGUGCAAGUGGGUAGAGCUUCUGACAGGUACGAUCGUGGCCCCAAGUGGCCCGACUUGCUUCGCAGCCAAAUCGGGGUCCACGAUUGAUUACUAUAUUGUGAGUCAGGGGUUGGCCAACUUUGUCAGUGAUGUACGCACGAUUUACGGCACCCCCUCAUCGCCGCACGUCGCGGUUGCCAUGCAGCUCAAGGGCCCCACGCUGAACAUCCCGAUCCACGUUCGCAGGACAUGGAAGCCCUUCCCCACUACCCUACGGACGGGGCCGCUGCGGGAGCCUGCCGUGCACAGCUGGUCCUGGCCUGCAGGGGUGCUCGCAGGGGUUCAGCUGGAGGAGGCGUGGUGCCAGUGGCUGAGCAACAUGGAGCUGGAGCUGUGCAACCAGUUCGACAUAGUUGGAGCAGGGCAGAGAGGCUUUGUUGGCAGAGCUGACGGGUUCGAGCGUCGGCAGGUGCCCCUCUCCGCUUCCGUAGAAAAGGCGGAGCUGUCUGGCAGUGGGGCCCAGAUGCGAGCAUGGAGGUCGCUUGAUGCUAUUCUGUCCAGGUUCCAGGCGCUCCAGGACGGCACCGUGGGCGCUAGCGAUGAGGAAGCUGUGCAGCCGACCUCGGUAUGUUCAG